AUGGGUUGCGAAUGGAGCCCAAAGGCAGACCUCGGCACUCUACUUGUCGGUGCUUCUUUCGACGGCAACGCCGAAAUGGUUAAUGUGCUCCUAGAACAGGGUGUCAAUCCGAAUACCCGCAAUGAAGGGGGGAUCACUCCCCUGAUAUGGUCAACUGUGGCGAAGCACAAGGAGAUUGUGAAGUCCCUUUUGGUGGCGGGCGCAGACCCUAAUUUCAUAGGUACAGACCCGAAAGGCUUUCGAAGGCGACCUGAACAGUUCAGUCCAUUAUAUUUUGCGACCUUUUUCGGGAGGCGGUCAGCUAAACUGAUUGAAUUGGAGAUACUGAAGGAUCUGCUGGAUGCUGGUGCCAACGUCAAUUCCAAAGAUGGUGUCGGUCGAACUCCGUUAUCAUGGGCGGCGGAAAGGCGUUCCAAAUCAGUCUUACAGAUUCUACUGGACGCAGGGUCAGAAAUCGAUUCCGUUGAUCGAUGCAAUCGCACGCCGCUGUUCUAUGCGACUAUUAAUAACAAUGUAGGAGCUGUCAAAGUCCUCCUCGAGCGCGGGAGCAUUGGUACAACUGUUCAAACCUCUGCGGGACGUAACCCGCUGGAUGUGGUCCGUGAACUGAAGUUUUCUGAGAUUGAACAACUCUUGUUAAAGGGCCUUGAGUCGCGGAACAACCCUACAAAUACAAAUACUGCUCCUGGGUGUGCAGACUUAAGCGACGACGAAAAAGGUGAACCGACUCCGAGUGUCCAAUCUGCCACAUUGGACCGAGAUUUACGAUCUGUCGUGAAUGCCAUGGGUUUGUCGAGACUGUGA